GUCUCCGCGGCUCCUCUCCUCAGUACGCCCGGGGAGGAGGAGGAGGAGCGGGGCCAGCCGCCGCCGCCGCCGCCGCCGCCGCCGUCCCAGCCUUGCCCAGCGCACCUGAACUCGCCGCGCCGCCCCGGGCCCCCGCGCUGUGCCCCGCGACCUGGGCGCCUGGCCCGCGCGCAGGCUAUCUCGGUGCCCCGGCGGGGCGCGUCCCCCGGGCCGCCUCCCGCUCUCCCGCGGCUCGCGUGGCCGCGCCUUUGUGUGCGGCGAUCGCGGCUCCCGGGCUCCUUGGGCUCCGGUCGCGACGCCCCUCCAGCCCCGAGUCCCGCGCGCCGACCCCGGGCGCCCCCAGUCGGGCGCCCCCGACGGUGGAUCUAGCGGUUGCGAGGAGGCGGGCACCGGCCCCGGCGAGCCCCAGUCCCGGCCCUCGGCCCCGGGCCAGGCUCCGGCAUGGAUGUGAGGUUCUACCCCGCGGCGGCCGGGGACCCCGCCGGCCUGGACUUCGCGCAGUGCCUGGGGUACUACGGCUACAGCAAGUUUGGAAAUAAUAAUAACUACAUGAGCAUGGCAGAAGCCAACAACACAUUCUUUGCUGCCAGCGAGCAGACAUUCCAUACGCCCAGCCUGGGGGACGAGGAGUUUGAAAUCCCACCCAUCACGCCUCCUCCAGAGUCGGACCCCACCCUGGGCAUGCCUGAUGUACUGCUACCCUUUCAAGCUCUCAGUGAUCCACUGCCUUCCCAGGGAAGUGAAUUCACACCCCAGUUUCCUCCUCAAAGCCUGGAUCUUCCUUCUAUUACGAUCUCAAGAAAUCUUGUGGAACAAGAUGGUGUGCUUCAUAGCAGUGGGUUACAUAUGGAUCAGAGCCACACACAAGUCUCUCAGUACCGCCAGGACCCCUCCCUGAUCAUGAGGUCCAUCGUCCACAUGACUGAUGCUGCGCGAUCGGGGAUCAUGCCUCCUGCCCAGCUCACCACCAUCAACCAGUCCCAGCUCAGUGCCCAGCUGGGCUUGAAUUUGGGAGGAGCCAGCAUGCCCCAUACAUCUCCUUCACCUCCAGCAAGCAAAUCGGCCACGCCCUCGCCUUCCAGCUCCAUCAAUGAGGAGGAUGCGGAGGAAGCCAGCAGAGCCAUUGGAGAGAAAAGAGCCGCUCCAGAUUCUGGCAAGAAGCCCAAGACUCCAAAGAAAAAGAAAAAGAAAGAUCCCAAUGAGCCGCAGAAGCCAGUAUCAGCAUAUGCCCUGUUUUUCAGAGACACACAGGCUGCAAUUAAAGGUCAAAACCCCAAUGCAACCUUCGGAGAGGUCUCAAAAAUCGUCGCGUCUAUGUGGGACAGUCUUGGAGAAGAGCAGAAGCAGGUAUAUAAAAGGAAAACAGAAGCUGCCAAAAAGGAAUACCUGAAGGCCCUGGCUGCAUACAGGGCCAGCCUUGUUUCUAAGGCUGCCGCUGAGUCAGCAGAAGCCCAGACCAUUCGUUCUGUUCAGCAGACCCUGGCGUCGACCAAUCUGACUUCCUCCCUCCUUCUCAACACUCCGCUGGCUCAACAUGGAACGGUACCAGCCUCACCUCAGACUCUCUCACAGUCGCUCCCUAGGUCAAUUGCUCCCAAACCCUUAACCAUGAGACUCCCCAUGAACCAGAUUGUCACAUCGGUCACCAUCGCGGCCAACAUGCCCUCGAACAUUGGGGCUCCGCUGAUAAGCUCCAUGGGGACCACCAUGGUUGGCUCAGCAACCUCCACCCAAGUGAGCCCUUCGGUGCAAACCCAACAGCAUCAGAUGCAAUUGCAGCAGCAGCAACAGCAGCAGCAGCAGCAACAGAUGCAACAGAUGCAGCAGCAGCAACUCCAGCAGCACCAAAUGCAUCAGCAGAUCCAGCAGCAGAUGCAGCAGCAGCAUUUUCAGCACCACAUGCAGCAGCACCUGCAGCAGCAGCAGCAGCAGCAGCAUCUCCAGCAGCAAAUCAACCAACAGCAGCUGCAGCAGCAGCUGCAGCAGCACAUCCAGCUGCAGCAGCUGCAACACAUGCAGCACCAGUCUCAGCCUUCUCCCCGGCAGCACUCUCCUGUCACCUCUCAGAUCACAUCCCCCAUCCCUGCCAUCGGGAGCCCCCAGCCGGCCUCUCAGCAGCACCAGUCGCAAAUCCAGUCUCAGACACAGACUCAAGUAUUGUCACAGGUCAGUAUUUUCUGAAGAUGCACGCGGCAGGUGGAUUUGCGUGCGGAGGAGAGCGACACAGGAGGGGAAGGCACACGGGGCUGGAACGAGUAAGCUGGUGUUGGUUAUGCAGAAAUGUGUAACAGAUCAAACGGUCCUCUCAAGCGUCUAUUAGAUAGGCAAUAAGAACUACAGUGUAGCUGGGUACCACCUCUUAGCUGACUAUCAAUCACUUCGUUUUUAAACAAGGAAAGCUGUGCUCUUUUAUGUGAUGCCUUUUUUUAUUUAUUCAGGCUAUACCUACAAUAUGUGAAUCAAACCGUUUAAUGAAUCCUGGGACAUUGCUGAUGACUAUAAACUGGCCUCUCUGAGUCAUAGAAAAUGGCCUUAUUUCUCCAGAAGUGAGUUAACCACACUUCCAGGCUGUUUGAACUUCCGAAGCCCUAAAAAUAAAAUAAAAAUAAAAAGCACAGUUGUAACUACCUGAAAUAUGAAGAUCCAGUUUCAUACAAACAUUUGUAUGAUGUAAAUCGUUGAUGGCAUUUUUUUGUCAUGAAAAAAAAUAAUAAUAAUGUAAAUCACAGACUUUUGCCAAAGCUCUUAUUUUUUUUUCCUAAAUCUCUCCAGAAAAAAAAAUGCAAGAGAUUAAAUUCAAUUAUUGACUCAUUUCCACUUUUUAUCCAGGACUUCUCCAAAUCAAGCCACAGUAUAUGUUGUAACAAUAUCUAUGACCACUGUUAGCCCAUCCUAUUCAUUGCAAUUAGAAGAAAAGAAAUGUGAAAACUAUAUUCCGUGUUUUGAGUGACAAGUUUCGAAAAAUAAAAACACUGUAUUUUUAAAAGGGAAAUGCACUUAAAUGAAAACAGUUAUUACAAAAGUUAAGAUUUAAAAAGAAAAAAAGCAAGAGUUUUUAUUAUGAUGUAAUACCGGUAGAAUAUUUAAAAGGCACACUACAUCUGAAUAAUCAAUGUAAAUAUUUUCUUUCAAAGUUGUAAGUUUUCAUAUCAUGUGUUGUAAAGUUUUCCUAAAUGAGGCUUUAACGUAAACACUGGUGACAUAAACCAUUCAUUGCUACGUUGCUUAUUGUGUUUUUAUGCUGUUUUAUACUUUUUUAUGAGUUACGAUAGCAGCGAUUAAGUUGUUUGUAUUUUGCUUAAACUGAAACAAAAUGCUUUUAUCUUGCUAUAGAAUAAACACAUUUCAGUAAAAACUGUGGACUGUAUUUUGAUGCAACAACGAGGAAACUGUUCACUUUUCAAAUAAAAUGCUAUGUCA